UAGAGGUGUGGUGGAAGAGGCAUUGUUGCCAGAGCAUUGAGCUGCUGGAGAUGGAAAUACAGAGAAGCUGAAGGAUUAAUGAAGAAGACCAGAGAGAAGAGCUAAUACUGUGAAGAUGUUUGGUGUUUGGUUCACUGCAUUCCUUCUACAUGUAAUUGUGAGAGGUUCAGAGAUUUGUUUUAACAGACUUGGGUGCUUUGAAAAUGGACCUCCUUGGGGCGGAACUUUACAAAGGCCAAUGUUGAACUUCCCAGAGCCUCCAGAAAUUGUGAACACUGCUUUUCACUUGUAUACUAGAGAAAAUCCUAUCUAUUUCCAGGUGAUAUCUGCAAUAAAUCCAUCAACGAUUAAAGUCUCAAAUUUCAGAACAAACCGGAAAACACGUUUAAUUGUACAUGGCUAUUUUGUUGGAGAUGAAUAUGAUCGGAUAGUAAACAUAUGCAGGUUUCUUCUUCAAAAGGAAGAUAUAAACUGUAUUGUUGUAAACUGGAAAGCGGCUGCUGCUGAUUUGUAUACACAAUCAGUACAAAAUGUCCGUAUUGUUGGAGCUGAGAUGGCUUAUUUAUUGGAUUAUCUUGAGGAAAACUGUGGAUAUUCUCUUUCUGAUGUCCAUAUUAUUGGACAUAGUCUUGGAGCCCAUGCUGGAGGGGAAGCUGGGAGAAGGAAACCAGGCCUAAGCAGAAUAACAGGUCUGGAUCCAGCUGGGCCUUUAUUCCAUCAAACACCUCCUGAAGUCAGAUUAGAUCCAUCAGAUGCCAAAUUUGUUGACGUUAUUCACACCAAUAUAGGCCACCUCUUCUUCGAAUUUGCCAGUGGAAUAAUUCAGCCCUGUGGCCAUCUCGAUUUUUAUCCAAAUGGGGGUGGAAUAAUGCCUGGAUGCAAAAAAGACCUCUUCGUAUCCAAACAGGGAGAUAUUGAUGGAGCUAUGAGAGAAAUUGCAUCUUCUAGAUCAGCUGGAUGCUCACAUAAACGAAGCUUACGGUAUUAUUCGGACAGUAUUUUUAUUCCUGAUGGAUUUCUUGGAUACCAGUGCAAAACAUUUGACUCCUUUGCAUCGGGAAAAUGCUUUCCUUGUCCCAGAGAAGGCUGUCCUAUGAUGGGUCACUAUGCUGAUCAAUUUGCAGAUAAAACUAAGGCGAUACAUCAAGUGUUUUAUCUAACCACAAAAGCUGUUCCACCAUUUGCUUGUUGGAGAAAACGUGUAUCUGUAAAAUUGUUUGGCACCCAAAUAGAGAGAGGGAAUAUUACCGUAGCCUUGAUUGGAGCUAAUGAGAUCAGAAAGGAAUACCUAAUUUUCACUGGGUUUCUUUAUCCAAGGUAUGCUUACACAAGAGUUGUUGAUGUACCUAUUUCUGGAGAGAUUGUAGCAGUUGAGUUUCAGUGGAAAACACACGCAGCUUGGCAAAGAAUUAGCCACAUAGGAGCACGAGAUAUCAGCAUUGUAUAUGGAAAAAAUGGAAAUUCAUCAGUAUUUUGUGGCAAUACAACUGUCUACCCUGAGGUUUGGCAGAAACUUUCACCUUGUGAAGCACACAUGAAACGUUGACAUUUUUGCUAACUGUACUGUGGGAA